AUUUUUCUUCCACAUAAAUACGUCUUGGCAAGGCACAUCCUGGUACGGGCAUAAUAGGUGCCUCAACUUUGUCAUGCACACACAAACAUACAUUCGAACCUUAUGCCCAUCGUUAGUUUGCUAACAAAUAGUGGCAGCAGCAGAGGUACUAGUGGCUGGUUAGUGUACCUUAUUUUUGUUGUAUUGCCAAUUUCUUGUUUGGUAGGAGAUUUUGCAUUGAAGUUCAGUUUCGAACAAUAACUUGAACGCAACACUCACUCACUCUAUACUUCCGGUUGAAUUAUCCUUGACAAAAAAAAAGAAAGGAAGGGAACACAUAAAAUCAAAUUUAUUUUCAAAGAUAUUAAAGAACGCGUCGUCCAAAGUCGAUGUGAUCUACGGGUGUGAGAAGAAAAAAACUCGAAGAAGAAAUAAAAAACUCAAAAGAAAUACGACAAAAGCCACUUCCGCUGGUGGCUCACGUAAUGUAGAGAACGUAUUUUUGUGUCGCGUAUUUUUUCGGAAACGCAUUGUUGGAGUCUAGGCCAUAAUAAUGACGACCAGUGAUGAAGCCUUUUGCCACGACCACAUCGAACAUCCGUUGAUGUGGUGCGAUGAGAAGCGGCGUCUCGUCGAACGCAAGAAUGCCGAGGAAAGUAUGCGUAUGUGGCGCAGAAGAAAAACCGAAGAAAUGGCACGCAAAGAAAAGGAUAAACAGGAAUAUUACGAAUUAAUGGUAAAACACUGCCCAUGGGGAAAACCAGGUGGGGGUGCCCCCAAUAUCGAUGUUCGACGUAAGGAUAUUACAGCAGCUGGAUUGCAUUCAACACAACCCAUUAGUACAACACACCGCCUGGCUUCACUGCCACCCUGCCGUUUCAGUGACUACUUUCUAAAACACAAACGAUGUUUCGACCCAAUGGCUGCCUAUCAUCCGCAUCACUAUCAUCAUCAUUCGGUGCCGCGUUUAACCACACACACCCACACCGUGCAACAUGUACCCGAUCGGCCGGUAAUAGGUGGAGCCACCAGUAUGGUGACCCUAUGCGAUCGUGAUAUACCCACAACAGCUACCAGUGGUGGAGGUGCUGGUGGUGGUGCACCUGCUGUCGGCGGUAAGAAUGCCGAAAGCUUACAUAUCACCUUAAAAGAUCAUCCCUCAAUGUCGUUUCGUAAUAAAGGUCACGUGGACAUUGAGGUCCGUUAUAAACCUACGGCGGCCGGUAAGGGUAAACCAAUGUUGGAGAAAAUUGUCGUCACCGAAAGUGAUAAAUGUCCCAUUGUAGAUGUGGGUAAGACGCAACAUUGUCCGGCUGCGGUGGGACCACAUGGUUUGAAGCAAAAGAAAACACUGGAGAAAAUUGAAAAACCGGCCAGCAAAGAUCCCUGGGGUAAACCGGGACCGGGUGGGAAACCAUGGCGCAGUCCCAAGUCGGUGGGAACAACGUUUAUGAAAUCGUUGGGUUGGACCAACAAAGAAAUGUUGAAAGACUUGGAUCAGGAUAAUCCGGUUACCCCAGCUGAAAAGCCAACAUUUCGUAAAUCCCGAGCGACUCGAAAAGCCACCCGUUGUUGUGACAUGUGCACCUGUAAAUGUCCUGCCAUGACCAGUAGUCCCAUUAAACCGCUACAAAAACCCCCUGCACCAGCAAAAACAACAGCCAGCGAUGCGAAACCCAAAAUCUGCCCACGACUAAUGCGCCACAACAAACCGGCCGCCACGGCUGACACAACGACGGAUAAUAGCGCUCAUCCCACAAAUCGUCAAUGCGGCGAUACCACGACGAUUACCACCAAUGGUAAUGGUGUCGAGUUGGUGCCAUUGUUGGCGCGUCGUCGAGCCCAUUAUCGCCCCAUUAGCCUGUCGACGACGGACAUCACGAAACGCACCGCUUCAAAUGAUAGGUACGCAUCUAAAAUGCCACAAAAGUGUCACCACAGCAACAUCUGUCUGAACAAAAAUAUUAGCAGCAACAACAACAAUAAUAAUAACAACAACAACAGCAACAAUCAUAAACUCAAUAACAUUGCCACCACCACAUGUUGCUUGAAAAAGUUCACACUGCAUAUCCGUUAGUUGUUGUUUUCUUCUUCUUCUUUUUUAUCGUUUGAGUAGUCAAUAGUCAGAAAAAUAUUCAAAAAUUAUGGUCAUUCUUCCAAAAGAAA